AUGUCAGACAAUGAAAGCAUCUAUUCGUUACAAGCAAGCAGUAAUUCCUUAGAAAGUCUGCUGGCUGAACAAUCAGAUGAGGCUAGAUUUUUUCCUCCGCUUUGGCAACAAAGGAGGAAUCUAGCUGCACGUAUCAUUAAAGACGAACAUGCUACUUCUGUAAUUGACUUUGGGUGUGGUGAGGCUGCUUUGACAUCCUUCUUGAUCUGGGAGUCUACAGAGAGUUAUCCGAUUACCCACAUCGUGGGUGUAGAUGUGGCUGAAGAUCGGCUCAAACUCGCAGAAGAAUCGUGUCAACCACAAGAUUUUGAACUUGGACCUAAUCUACGGGUAAAUCCACUGACGAUCGAGAUCUUCCAAGGAUCUGUCGGGCAAGCCGACUCACGGUUUGUCGGCUAUGAUGCAUUGGCAUGCCUUGAAGUCAGGGUUGAACACUUGGAUCCGGAUGUCCUCGAGAAGUUCUGGAGUGUGGUUUUGGGUGCGUUAAGGCCCAAAAUUGUCAUUGUGUCCACACCUAAUGUAGAGUUUAACAUUCACUUUCCACAGCUCAAAUACGGCACUCCAGAAUCAAUCUUCAGGAACGAUGAUCAUCGGUUCGAAUGGACGCGUCAAGAAUUCGAAACAUGGUGUAAGGAUGCAGCCAAUAUGUAUGCGUAUGAUGUAUCUUUUACAGGGGUUGGCACCCUGCCGAACGGAGACCGGACAGUAGGGCACUGCACACAGUUUGCAAUUCUUCGGCAGAAAACAGCCCUGCCAUCUGAUAUUUCGAGGACCAUUCCCACCACUACAGAGUGUUAUCGCCUCAUAUCCAAGAUAGACUACCCCAUUUAUAGUGAAGUACAUACUGAGGAGGAAGUAAUGAUGUUUUUGCUUGAGAAGAUUGCCCAAAUCCGACCACGUCCCCCGAAUCCUCUUAAUGAAGACGAGGAAUAUCACUCAGGAUGGGGAAAUAGUCAAGCAAAUGAACAUACAACUGCAGUUGAUGGCAAUGCUCCCUCAACUAAGCCCUCAGCUGAGCCUGAGGAUAGGCAAGAAGUUACAGCGGUCGAGCUAGGAGUAUUGCCUCUAGAUGACCUUUGGCUAUCACUUGACAUUCGACAGCGCUGCAAGACGCGCAAUAAUAUGAUCAAAAUCCUUGAGAAGAGCCCACUACUUAAGCUAGAUCUAGAGAAAGACCGAGUUGUGUUUGACGAUGAGGACGAAUUUUGGAAAGCAUACGACCGAAAGAUCACUGAAAUACCAGACAAUGGCUCUGAGAGCUCAUGGCUUAGCGGGAAAGAAGAUGAUUGGGACGACGAUCCAUGGGAUGAAACGGCCAUAGAAGAUGUAGAAUGCCAGCAAGAUCUCAUGACGAUCGAUUGGAACCAGACUCAGGGACAGCAACUUGUCAGUGACGGCUGGGAAUCAGGUAACGCGUUAUCAGCUGAAAAUGGUGAUGAAGGAGUCGGCUCUGGAUGGUUAGUUCCGGUAGGCGAGCCUAGUCCACGUCCGGCUGACCCAUGGGAUUCAAUGUAA